AUGCAAACAACUUCUUCAUCUACGGAUGUUCAGCCUCUAUUAUCAAAUAAAAAUGGUGUUGACAGUUUGACAGCGGCAAUGAAUAAUCCAUUACCAAUGAAGUAUUUUUUACCAGAUUCGAAAUCGACUAAAAAUUCGUCAUGUGAUCAGAAAAAAAAUUCCGUUACUAGUGAACAAUGUUUUGAUAUAUUAACUACAAAAUUAAAUUCAACGAAUAAAUCAGAUCGUUUAUGGACGCUGGAUGAUUUUGAAGUUGGUCAACCUUUAGGAAAGGGACGAUUUGGACAUGUGUAUUGUGUUCGAGAAAAGAAAACAAAAUACAUUGUUGCACUUAAAGCUAUCAUCAAAAAUCAAAUAUCAACACGACGUUUGGCUAAACAACUUUUUAAUGAGAUAUGCAUUCAAAGUCGUUUAAAACAUCCAAAUAUUUUACGUUUAUACGGUUCGUUUUACGAUGAGGAACGAGUAUAUUUAAUUAUUGAAUUUGCUGUUGGAGGAGAAUUAUAUAAAAAAUUACAAAAACAUGGUGUUUUCAAUGAGAAAAUAUCGUCUGAAUAUAUUUAUCAAAUUAUAAACGCACUUGAUUAUUGUCAUAAAAAUCAGAUUAUACAUCGAGACGUUAAAUUAGAAAAUAUUCUCGUUGGAAAUGAAGGUUUAUUAAAAUUAGCUGAUUUUGGAUGGGCAGCUGAAUUAAAUCAGCAGGACAGACGACAAACACUUUGUGGUACAAUGGAUUAUUUGGCUCCCGAAAUGCUUGAACAUAAACCGUACAAUGAAAGUGUUGAUAUAUGGAGUAUUGGUAUAUUAACCUAUGAAUUGUUACUUGGAAAUCCACCGUUUGAACAUGAAACAUCUGAAGAAACAAUCUCAAAUAUUAAAAAAGGAACAAUGAAUAAAAUUCCCUCAUCAGCAAUAUCCGUUCUUGCUCAACAAUUUAUUGGAUUAAUUCUUAAUCGUGAUGUUGAACGUCGUCCUCCACUAGAUAAAUUACGUAUACACGAAUGGAUUCAGACAAAUGCUGACAUAAAAAUAAUCGAAGAAAAAUAUAAACGUACAAGAACAUAA